AUGGACGGCGGUUUAGUGGAUAAAGAUAGAACAGGACAAACAGCCGCGAAUAGUGUAAAGUCGAAUAAUGCUGCCAACGGCUACGCGACGAUGUUGCUACAAACUUUGGAGAGCCGUUCGGAGAAAUCAGACUGUGAUAUACAUAUAAAAUCAGUGUAUCAGGGAUGUAUAAAGCUUUCCCAACGUGAACUGGGAGUCAUCCUAUUAUCUGGCAUUCUUUGUGGCUUGAUAUUUGCUACGAUCCCCGAAAACAUUUUGCUUGGAUCUUGUUCAUUGCUCAAAGUAUCAAGUCGAGUUUUGCUGCCUGGUUUAACAACCGCUUCCCUAUUUUACUGGUGCAGUAUAACAGUGCAAAAAUAUUUGGAUUCUAAGGCAUCGCUAUGGAUAAUGCCUGUGUUUUUACUGACAGAACUACUGGUUCAAGUCCUGAGAUACUUUUAUGCUGAUUCCAGUCGUAUUACAACUUAUAUUUCAUUGGUUGUAGUAAUUAUUUUCUCCGUGUUAUAUGUGUUUCCUGAAAGCCAGGGGGAAGGCUCAUAUAUUUUUGCAGUUUGCCUGUUGAUUACAAACAUCUUUGACAAAUCGAUUGCAGGAGAAAGCCAUGGACUUCUAAGAUACAUUUUUAUAAAUUUGGCUGCGUUUGCCGGUGAUUUUUUAACAAGAUUGGUAAUUUUACCCUCGACCGAGAAACCGUCAGAAAUCGAGGCCAAAGCUUCAUUAGCGGCUAGUAAAAGUGCUCUCAAAAAUCGCCGAACUUCGAAUACCGCAAGUAAUACAAGUCGACGAAGAACCUCGUUACCUGUGCUAAAUUUUCAAGCCAAG